AUGCCUCACGACGCUACGCCUGCGGCACCAACCCCGCAACUAUGUCAGCGAUAUUCCUCUCUUGUAUGGUCCUGCCUCGAUGCCGAUCUCCACAAGACCGCGCUCUUCUAUGCGGAGCGGUACUAUGUGCUCGAUACGAACAACCACGACGCGCGACAUCUGUACGCCACUGCCCUCCUCCAGGCGGGCCAGCCCCACUCCGCCCACCACCUGACCAACGUCCCGCUCGACAAACGGUGCACCGGCUGCGUCGAAAUCAUCGCGAAGUGCUGCGCAAAGCUCGGUCGCCACCGUCAAGCGCGAGAGGCGUUGGAGACGUGUCUGCAGGACCCGGCGUACAUGGCCUCCCAAGCGUCAAGCUCGCGCGCGGCGAGGUUCUCCGACGAAGCGGUGCUCUGGUGUCAAGCCGGGAACGCCGCGCUGAAGGGCAACCAGCACCAGGCUGCGACAACGAGCUACUUGCAUGCGCUUCGCCUGAACCCGAUGCUGUGGGAGGCGUUCGAGGGCCUGUGCGCGAUAGGAGACGUCCCGCCUGUUGACAACAUACUCCCCGAGCGAUCAAUACCUACAUCACUCAACUUCGGACAAGGUGAAUCAAGCAAGUCAAUACCGGUUGCAACGGGGGCCGGAUUUUUCACACCCGAAGCGGGUAGCAGCAAUUUCUUCAACGACUGGAUGCCGGGCCAGCUCGCGGGACCGCGGGACUCGAUAGCGACAAAUGACUCCUCGUUCUACGGCGAGCCGUCCUUCGUGGCACCCAUCCGGGCAAGCAGGUCGCAGCCGACCAACAUGGCGGUUCAGCCACCAGCUGUGCGUCCCCUUUCUUCAGCCGAUGAGGCGGGCCCGGUGACCAAGAAGCUGCGGGCUCUCGUACGGCAGCGCAAGGCGCCGCCGGCGCCGACGGACUCGCAGCCCGCACUCAAGUCCUCGAAGUCCGCAGGGAAGGUCCCCGCCGCGCCCCCCGCCGCGGCCGACCGCCCGAAAAGCUCAAAGGCACGCGCACGCCCGGCCCCGACGAUCGCUAACAUAUUCUCAUCUCCUCGCCGGUCCAACCACGCGGUCAACGUCGGAAAGCCGGGGAGCGGCGCAGGAGGGACGCGGCGGAGUUCGAGGCUGCAGAGCGGGGGCAGCAAGCUCGCCAAGGCCGUCCGGGAUCGAAGACGAGUAGCGACGAAAACACGGUCGCAGUCCCACGAGUCGUUAUUGGACGAAGAGAGCGAGCUGCCGGCGUUUGCGCCGGCGUCUGGCCUCGCGCGGGAUCCGACGCCGCCGCCCGCUGAGGAGCCGCCUACGCAGGAGGAGUACGAGAUGGAGGUGGCAGAGUGCGAGAUAUACGACGUCAUGCGCAAUUUCGCGCGGGCGACGCUGGCGAUGUCGCUCUACGACUGUCGACAAUGCCUGGAAGAGCUCGAGGCGCUGCCGGCACAGCACAAGCGCUCUGCGUCCGUGAUGGCCAUGCUGGGAAAGGCGCACUACGAGCUGGGCCAGUACCCUGAGGCCGAGCGGGCGUUCGAGGCCGCACGGAAUCUGGAGCCCUAUCGGCUGUGGGACAUGGAAGUGUACUCGACGCUGCUCUGGCACCUGCAGCGGAACGUCCGGCUGUCGUUCCUCGCGCAAGAGCUGCUCUCGACCGACUCCAAGUCGCCGCAGGCGUGGAUCGCGGUCGGCAACUGCUUCUCGCUGCAGAAGGAGAAGGCGCAGGCUCUGACCUGCUUCCGACGGGCGUCCCAGCUGGACCCCACCUGCGCGUACGCGUACACGCUCAGCGGCCACGAGUCGAUUGACGAGGACAUGAACAAGGCGAUCACCUUUUUCCAGUCCGCUUUACGUGCUGAUGCGCGGCACUACAACGCCUGGUACGGACUGGGUACGUGUUACAUGAGGAUGAGCAAGCUACGGUUGGCCGAGUACCAUUUCAAGCGCGCGGCCGCCAUCCAUCCCCAGAACGCGGUCCUGCUCGGCUGCGUCGGUGUGGUUCACGAGCGGUACGGCGAUUACGACAAGGCGCUCGAGCUCUUCAACACGGCUAUCGCGCUUUCGCCGGACAACGCGCUCGUUCGGUAUCACCGAGCGAAAAUCCUUAUCGCCAUGAAGAAUUACGCGGGCGCAGCGGUGGACCUCGAGCACCUGCGGGACACGUCGCCAGACGAGUCGAACGUGCUGUUCCAGCUCGCGCGGGCGUACCGGCUGAUGGGGCACGACGUCAAGUUCACGCAGCUGCUGGCGGAGGUGCGCGAUGUGGCGCCGAAGAGCGCGGCGAAGAUACGGAAGCUGGUGACAUGGAAGCGGAUGGAGGCGCGGGUGCGGACGUCUCGGAGGUGA